UAUGUUACCGCCGAUCAGAGAGACAAAGAGAGUGAGAGAGACAGAGAGAGAGAGAGUGACAAAGUGUGAGAGAGAGAGUGUCGGGUCAGAGGUCAUUGGUUGAUGUUUACGCGUUCGCCGGUCUUAUCGCUUAGGGUUAAUGCAGGGUUAAUGUAGAGAAUGCUUACACAAGGUCCUGAGGGUGACUCACGUAAGGGGCGACAGAGACCCUGAGGGUGAGCUACAAGGGAGAAAAGGGAGCAGACGGUGUCAAGAAUUGGUACUAUUCACACGGAUAUCCUUUCUGUCCGAGUUUGUCCGAGUCCGAGAGCCCGAAACACGUUUUGACCGAACAGGAUCAAAAUAAAAGUUCGUGUCGACGUGCGGGUGUCUCAUUCUCCAGGUCAACAUUAUUGAAAUCACCGCAGUUGCGGUAACAGUCAAAACGUGAAUUCAAUAGUGGUCUUGGUAACGAAGAAGACAGUGGAAGUGAUCUUGACACCGUCUUGUGUGUGCCGCCCGCCUCCCGUGCACCGGCGGCCUUGUGUGUGCCGCCCGCCUCCCGUGCACCGGCGGCCUUGUGUGUGCCCCCCGCCUCCCGUGCACCGGCGGCCUUGUGUGUGCCCCCCGCCUCCCGUGCACCGGCGGCCCCGUGUGUGCCCCCCGCCUCCCGUGCACCGGCGGCCUUGUGUGUGCCGCCCGCCUCCCGUGCACCGGCGGCCUUGUGUGUGCCGCCAGCCUCCCGUGCACCGGCGGCCUUGUGUGUGCCGCCCGCCUCCCGUCCACCGGCGGCCUUGUGUGUGCCGCCCGUCUCCCGUGCACCGGCGGCCUUGUGUGUGCCGCCCUGCCGCCCGGAGAGUCAGCCGAACCCCACCACCUCUCCUACACCUGGCCGGUGAGAAAUUCCUGCCGCGUUCGGACUCCUUCACAGGCCGUGAGUAGGCUUCUUGGUACUGCCAUCAGGGGUGAUCGUUAGAAGAUGGAUGCCGAGACCGUGGAAACUGGGGGCUCUGCUAUGGAGUCAGACCCUGUGUUGACUCAGGCACAGCUGGAGGUGGAUCUGUUGGAGAGGGAACCUCCUUUGGUUCCAGAACUAACGGAUACAAAUAUCGUGCUGGCACAACGACAGUUGGAAAACAAGAUGGACAAAAUCGCGAAGACACUAUCUACUGUGACGACGAUGUUGUGCACCCUGGCGGAAACUGUGAAACUGUUACAGGAUGGAGAGAACUCAUCCAUAUCUACUGGACAGGCAACGGCCUCUUCUGAACUGAAUCUGCCCCUCGCAUUAGAAUCUCCGAACCAGGGGGAGGAAAUAAACUCAAUCCCGUCCCCCGCACCCUCGACAUCUACUGGACAGUCAACGGCCCCUUCUAAACCAAACCUGCCCCUCGCGUUGGAACUUCCGAACCAGGGGGAGGAAAUAAUCUCACUCCUUUCCCCCGAACCCUCACAGGUAGGGACUAGCAAAACUGCUAUGCAGAAUGAGGAGAUCGAGACGCUUCCGUCACUAAAGGAACAGAAAGGCCCCAAUCCCACACGGAGACCGCUACGUGGGCCCGAUGAACCUGCAGUAUGGGCGUCCCGACUUUGCAGCACUAUGGCGUUAGCUAAAAGCUCGAUACCUAAGUUCAACGGAGAGUCAAUCCCUGCCUACUGGGAAUUCAAAAGAUCACUGCGGCGUCUUUUUCAGGAGACGGACCUGUCUCAGGCCCGACAGCUGGAAAUAUUGGUUGAAGCAUAUAGUGGACCCAUGAAGGAAAACUUGAGGAGUUGUCUCGCGAUGGAGAAUCAGAAGGAAGGGUACGAAAGAGCCUGGGCCCUUCUCGAGAAACGCCAUGGCAAUAAAAACACCUAUAUACGGCAGCUGACAGAGAGGCUCCUCGUGGGGCCGUCAGUGAGUCUCCAAGAUCCGAAGGGUAUGACACGACUGGUAGAUGACAUGUUGAUUUGCAUUGACGGUUUGAAGGCAAUGGGGCAACUCCACCAAAUCGAUAACCUUCAGACGACGCUCGCCGUGGCUAAGAGAUUCAAAGGAAGACUGCUGCAUGACCACACCACCAAGAGGCAUGAAUACCGGAAGCAGCACGGAGAUGCCCCUGGCAUCGAAUGGUUGGCAGCCUUCGUGAAGGAUAUGGUAGAUAUGUCCGAUGACAUAAUGCAAGACCCAGAACAGGGUCAGAGAGCCCCCACCUCAGAAGACAGACAUGCUGGACGUGUUUCCAGUAAGUCGAGCGGGGUGAAGGACUACGCAGUCUUGGCGACUAUCAGUGACGCAAAGGAGGAUGAAAAUGGCUGUCCGUUGUGCGAACGAGACCAUCUUCUCCAACACUGUGAGAAGUUCUUGGAUAUGACCCUGGAAAACAAGGAAACAGUGGCCCAGUCCCAACGCCGUUGUUUUAGCUGCCUUGGACGAGAUCAUCAAAUGGUUGUUUGUACAAGGAAGGAACGCUGCGGGAUAAAUGGCUGUCCUUGGUUUCACUCGAGGCUUCUGCAUAGAACCGGCACCCGAGACCUCUCCUCUGGAACUCGGCACGAUGGCGGUCACGAGGGAAGGACCUCCCGUGGCAUUGCUUGGAAUCCCGCGGGAUCAAAGAGGAAUCGACCUGAGGAUGUUCCCAAAACUGGGGUUAGGGAUGAUGCAAAACGUUUCCGAUCCAUUGGAACUAGAAGCCCCAACCAUUGUGACAGCUAAAAUCGUCUUCCAGAAUGAGUGUACCGCGAGCGACCGGGCUCCGGCUACUGGUGUGGGAUACUGAUGAGAGAGCUGUCGACUUGGCGGUUGCAGUCGGCCCCACGUGUUGACAAAAGGAGACCACCUGUGGGGCUGCGACUUGGCGGCAAUGGUCGGGCCCACGGGCUGGCUGAAGGACGCCACCCGUGGGGCUGCGACUAGGCGGCAAUGGUCGGGCCCACGGGCUGGCUGAAGGACGCCACCCGUUGGGCUGCGACUUGGCGGCAGUGGUCGGGCCCACGGGCUGGCUGAAGGACGCCACCCGUGGGGCUGCGACUAGGCGGCAAUGGUCGGGCCCACGGGCUGGCUGAAGGAGCCCACCUGUGGGGCUGCGACUUGGCGGCAGUGGUCGGGCCCACGGGCUGGCUGAAGGAC